UAUUAUUUCAGAAGUCUUAAGAAGUAAUACGCAAAAGUUAGGACAACAAUGACAAAAAUUACAAUCAUAAAUUGCAUCAUUGCAGCUGUUUGCAUUUUUCAAACAGUAGAGGCAGGACUUCUUAAUAAAUCACUAGGUUCUCUAUUGGAUACUGUGCAAAAUCAAGUUUCAAAUACGGUUGAAAAUGUAAAAGGAUUGGGAAAAGAAGGAAUCCAAAAUGGAAAGGAAGCUUAUGAUAGAUUAACAGAUGGACUUGUAGCACCCCAAACAGGACUUUCAACAUCUACGUCAUGCACUAAUGCGGGCAAUAUUAUUCAAGAAGCUGCCGAGCAAGUAAUGAAAAUUUUUGAUACAUGCAUUGUAAAAACUAAUUCAACUGAAAUUAAAGAAUUGAUCGAUGCAACCAAAAGUCUGCAAAAUGUAUCAAAAAAUUUUCAAGACGCUUUAAAUUGUAUUCACGAUCAGGAGAUGGUUCAAUGCCUCACUAAUGUUAAAGGGAAAAUUGUCGAAAUAAUGACAAAAAUUAUAAAUACGGCAUCUAAAAGUUUGGGAACAGUCGUCAAUAAUACAAUGUUAAUAAGACAGUGUUUGAAAAGUGGAAUUCUGCAAUUAACCAACCAGGUUAUGAGCCAAAUCGUCCAACACGUGGAAGAAUGUCUCCAAAGUUGGACUUUUACACUACCAUUUAAAUUAUAAAUUAUUUAUGGAUCAAUACAACUCUAUUUUUAC